CAAGGUUUAAAAAAGGCUCAAUCGACUUGUUGAUCAUCCAGAUGCUGGAGGGUUUAUGACAGAUUUGAAGUGAUCCUUACAGUGGGAACCAUGUCUUCUUUCACCAAUACUGAUGUGUUUGUGGUUGAUUUCGGCGAUGACACGAACACUUCAGACGAAUUUGGUUCAGGAUACAAUGACUUCGUGGAGCCCUGUGACCUAGCCCUGAGCAACAACCUGAAGAAGUUCUUCCUGCCGACAGUGUAUGGACUCAUCUUCCUCAUGGGCAUUGUUGGCAAUGGACUGGUGGUCGUUGUGAUGGGCUUCCAGAGGAAGUCCAGAACCAUGACGGACAAAUACAGGCUGCACCUCUCGAUUGCUGAUCUGCUGUUUGUGCUCACGCUGCCCUUCUGGGCUGUCGAUGCUGCCAGCAGCUGGUACUUCGGUGGUUUUCUCUGCACUGCAGUCCACGUCAUCUACACCGUCAACCUGUACAGCAGCGUCCUUAUUCUGGCGUUCAUUAGCCUGGACCGGUACCUGGCCGUCGUACGAGCAACUAACAGCCAGGGUCCACGAAAACUGCUGGCAGAGAAGGUCAUAUAUGUUGGCGUCUGGCUGCCCGCAGCCCUCCUCACUGUGCCCGAUUUGGUUUUCGCCAAAGUCCAUAAUGCGGGCUCCAGAGUGAACUGUCAGCGGAUUUACCCGGGAAACUCCCUCAUCUGGAUGACCGUUUUCCGGUUUCAGCACGUCUUUGUGGGAUUGGUGCUUCCGGGCCUGAUCAUUCUGACCUGCUACUGCAUCAUCAUCUCCAGGCUCUCCCAAGGCUCUAAGGUCCAACAGAAGCGCAAAGCGCUGAAAACCACCGUCAUCCUCAUCCUCACGUUCUUCAGCUGCUGGCUGCCUUACUGCAUCGCCAUCUUCGUGGACACCUUGAUGAUGCUCGACGUGAUCCAGCACAGCUGCAUUUUGGAGCAAGCGCUGGAGAAGUGGAUUUUGAUCACGGAGGCGCUGGCCUACUUCCACUGCUGCCUGAAUCCGAUCCUGUAUGCUUUCCUGGGGGUGAAGUUCAAGAAGUCUGCCAGGACUGCGCUCUCGGUCAGCAGAGGCUCAAGCUUGAAGAUCCUGUCCAAGAGCAAAAGAGGAGGACUUUCAUCAGUUUCCACUGAGUCAGAGUCUUCAAGUUUCCAAUCAAGCUAACAAAGACACUGUUACUUUUCAAGAGACUUCAGUUUAAAUAAGGGACUUUUACUACAUUUUGUUAUUUGCUAUUCUGUACAGUUUUUUUCUUGUUUGUUUUUUUAGAACAUUGCUAUUUAAGUGUGUUAUAUUCUUAUUAUUUGUUAAGUAAGAUACCUUGUCCAGGCAGAGCCUGGAGCACAUUAAUUGGCCAGGUGUCAGUAAAUGCUAAUAUUCUUGUUCUCUCAGCUGUAUUAAAUUUGAUAUUUGUUUACCAUAAAAUAAAACUUGCAUAAAGUAUUCCACAGGUGUGACGUCUGGCACAUCAUAUUUCUCAGAGGCUGUUAAAAAUACUUGAGGUUCAUAUUAUAGGAUUUGUAUAUAGAAAUUACCUUUCAGCUUGUGGUAGCACUUAAACGUUGUUAUUCUCAGAUGCUAUUUAUUUAAGGUAUGUGUUUUAUACUGAAUGUUUGUAAAGUGUUUGCUAAAGUUCAAAUCAUUUUAAAUUGCUGCUUUCACUCUUCCAGAUUAUUAAUAAUAAAGUCAAAAUUGUUUCUGAAAUA